UACCUCUCCUCGCCGCUAUUCGCAAUCACGCGCUUUUCAUUUCCUUACUUCCUCCGUCACUCCGAUCCAAAACAUUAAAAAAGGGAAAGAAAAACCCCAAAAAUUUCUGACUAUAAAAAAAACCCGGAAGAUAAAAUUUCUCAUUCAUCCUUUCACUUCCAUAUUUUGUUUAGAUCACUCCGCCGUUCACCGGAAUAAAAUCAACCCCCACAGUUCACUCUCUCCACCAUGAGCUCUCAGGGAGGAAUAUUCAGUGGGUUCACAAAGCUAUGUAAGGGACUAGCAGUGAUUCUUAUCGGUGGCCACAUUGUGGUUCAGCUUCUUCCUUCUUCUGUUACUUACCUUGCUCUUAUUCCCGCCAGGACAAUUCCUUUUGGUUGGAAUCUCAUAACUGCUGGUUACAUUGAGCAAUCAGUACAUGGGGUGGUUGUCAGCACACUUGGUCUCCUUUUCAUGGGGAAGUUGCUUGAGCCUGUAUGGGGUUCUAAGGAGUUCUUGAAGUUCAUCUUUGUAAUUAACUUUCUAACCUCUGUUUGUGUUUUCAUCACUGCUAUUGCCUUGUACUACAUAACAAGGCAGGAAAAUUACCUUUACAUGCCUCUUUCUGGCUUCCAUGGGGUGCUAGCAGGCUUCUUGGUUGGCAUCAAGCAAAUUGUACCUGACCAAGAGCUGUCUUUAUUGAAAAUAAAAGUAAAGUGGCUGCCAUCACUUAUGCUGUUGCUAUCCAUUGUCAUAAGUUUCUUCACCCCAGAGUCAGCAACAUAUCUUCCAACUUUGAUAUUUGGAACAUAUAUGGGCUGGAUUUACCUCAGAUACGUGCAGAGAAAACCAGAAGCCAAGCUUAGGGGUGAUCCAAGUGAAGAUUUUGCAUUCUCUACAUUCUUUCCUGAUUUUCUCAGACCAAUCAUCGAUCCCAUUGCAUCAAUAUUUCACCGGAUGCUUUGUGGAAAGUCUGAAGCUUCCACAGAUGCUCAAGGUUAUACCUUGGGAGGAGCGCCAUUACCUGGUUCUGACCCCAUUGAGGCAACUAGGAGAAGAGAAAGAGGUGCUAGAGCACUAGAGGAGAGAUUGGCAGCUGAGAGGUUGGGUGCUGCACAGAAUUCAGAAGACUCACAAAAAGAAGGCGUUGAUAAUGUUUGAUUGCUCAGAAACUCCAGCAUCAUUGACAACUAUGGAGGUUAUGCCAUCUCUGGAGAAGUAUCUCUUUGUGGACUCUGGUUGACAGUUUUGUUAUAUAUUCUUCUGUGGAUUAUAAUUCUCAUAGUACACAAAUUUCUCUUCAUUUUUCCUUUAAUUUUUCUUUUUUGGUUUUGUUUUCUGCACAAUGAAGUGGUCCAUCUAUGCUCUUGCACCAUAUAUAUAGAGUAGAAAAGAGAAGAAAUCCUAGAUUAUAUUGUUACCCUUACAUUCAAAAUAGAGGCAAAAUUCAUCUUAAUUUUAAAUUUUUUUUGUUCUUAUUUAGGCUCUUUAGCAUGCUUGCUUUGUAUAAUACAGUUUUAUGGCCAUUUUCAAUGCACUCUCUCCACAUUGGGGACC